CAACCCUCUUCACCCAUCGCGUCUUUCUCUUUCUCUCUCUCUCUUCGUUUGGCUCUGUGCAUAAAUUGCCUGGUAUUUUUGGGUCCUCUUAAAAAGCUCAACUGAGUUGAAGAUAUAUUUAUAGAUAAUAAUGAUAAUCUGACUCAUCAAAAGGCUUUGGGCUUCUGGGUGUACAUCGGCUGUUACACUAAACAUUGAUUUCCUGCAGAUACGUAGAAGCUUUAAGGAUUCUAACCGCAUUAUUAAAACCCUAGUGGAAGGAGUCCAACAUCUGAUUUUCUGAGGUUGACUUAUGAUCAUUAUGGAUCUGAAGGGUAUAUCAUGGGUUGGUAACGUCUACCAGAAGUUUGAAGCUAUGUGCUUGGAGGUUGAAGAAAUUAUGUACCAGGACACAGUUAAAUAUGUUGAAAAUCAGGUGCAGACAGUUGGUUCUACAGUGAAAAAAUUCUAUUCAGAUGUAAUGCAAGAUUUGCUUCCUCCAUCUACUGUGGACGCUGCCAAAGAUGGAGUCUCUGACUUGCCUCUGGAGCUUUAUGCUGAUGUUGGGAUAUAUAUGAAGCCAAAAGUGGCUAUGAAGGAAGACCAUGUAAAGAUUGAUAAUAUAGAGAAGUUGACUGAGGAUCCAAAAAUGAUCAUUGAUAACAAUGCAGCCCAUUCUCCUACUUUCCACAGGCUUAGUCAUGUAGAUAAUCUGUUCCCACUAUCUCAAUGGGAUUCUCCUGGAGUUGCCCCAGGACAAUAUGGUAAAGGAAGUCUGUCUAAUAAAUCAUAUAUGGGUACCAAAAAAAGAUGUAAGAGGGAGAAUAUGUCCCUUUAUGAGAAAUCAGGUGCCAUCUCUCCUUUGGAUAAAGAUUUGAUUAGAGCUUCUUCAUUCUGCGAACCUUCAAAUGAAAAUCUAGGAGAUUGUGCUGAAGAAGCCGCAAAACGAUAUGUUGAAGGAUGUUUGUCUAAUAAAUCAUAUCUUGGGGCCAAUAAAAGCUCAAAAAGGGAGUAUGUGCCCCCAAGUGAGAAAUCAGGAGGCAUCACUCCUUUGGAUAAAGAUUUGACUGGAGGAUCUUCUGUCCAUAAAUUUUCAAAUGAAAAUCACAAGGCAUCUUCUGAUCAGAAAGAUAAAAUUACAAAUCUAGGGUCUGUUGAAGUGACAGGGCAUGAUUCCAUAGAAGAAAGUAAAAAUAAGAUUGAAAAUGCAAGUGAACAAAUGCCUGAUAUUAAAACAGAUGGAUCAUCAUUUGAUAUGGUUAAUUUAAUUGAAUCUGGCAUGAGUAAAGAAAUGGAUAUGAGACCUUACUCUCAAUGCCGCGCAUUACAAGAAGCAACUGCUGCAGAUGUUUGUAUGAAUGAUGAGUUGGUUUCUCUAGAGGAAUCCUGUGAAAAUGGGAGAGUACAGAGAAGUGAAAUUGCGUGUGAGGAGGAUUUUGUGUCUAAUUCAGAAAUGCAAAUCAUUCAACAAGUUGACAAGGCAAAGCUUGAGGAGUCCUGUAUUAUGGUGAAUAGAGAUGAACUUCAUUUUACUCAAAAUGGAGGAAAAAGCAAGUCUUACAAGAAGAAGAUUCAGGAUGUUUUUUCGUCAAGAAAGAAGUUAACAAGGAAGAAUGAGCAACUAGCAAUAUGGCCUGGUGGUGAUUCAUAUCCCAAUCAAGAAGAGAGCAUCAAGAAUUCAAUGUCUGGUCUUGACAUAAAUGAUGCCAGAAGAUCCCCAACUCCAGAUUUCUGUGAAUCUGAAUGGGAAAUUAUUUAGGUACAAGUAAAUAAAAUUUAUUUGUAGAUAACUGCAACGACUUUUGCAGCCUUCCCUUGCUGGUGAGGUGAUCCAGGUGCUGUGCCAGAUGUUAAUAAUAGCAGCUAGGGUCUCCACAACCCCAUUUGCUUUGGCAGUGAAAUUAGGAAAAUGGAAAACGUAAAAAAGGAUAUAUAACCAUCCGUAUUGAUGAAAGUUAUGAAUUAAUGAUUCACCUUUUGUUUUGAAUGUAUGCGGACUUAAAUUCUAUACACUUCUGAAAUAUGGUGCAUUUCUCUCA